GUAAGGAAUCACGUUAAGAGCAGCACUGUUUCAAGUUGCCAGCCGUCAUUUUGUCAUUCCCUUUCAAUUGUUGAACAGCCUCAUCUGAAGCUCAACAUGGGAACUGGCAAGAAGCCUCUCAUUUUUGCAGCACUGAUAUGCUUCUUGGUAAUUGAGGUGAAAUGUGUGCCGAUACACCAGACUCACAGUAGCAAGAAGCCAAAUAAACUCCUGUUGAUUUCUUUCGAUGGAUUUCGUUGGGAUUAUGAUCAGGAUGUCGAGACACCUUUUCUGGAUUACUUGGUGACCAGAGGAGUAAAGGCAAAGUAUAUUAAUCCACCUUUUGUAACCAUGACAUCGCCUUCACAUUUUACAACCAUCACAGGACGGUGGAUUGAAGAUCAUGGAGUUGUUCACAAUAUGUUUUACAAUACGAAAACCAUGCUUAAAUUACCACACAAACUCACACUGAGGAAAACUGUGUGGUGGGAUAAUGGAGUGCUUCCUUUAUGGAUCACAGCACAAAACCAGGGAAAAAAAGUUGCAUCAUUUCAUUACCCAGGAGGAAAUGUGACCUAUGGCGGACAAGCCGUGUACAGAUCUCUGGGAGAAUCACUCACUCACCCAGAUUCUAAUGAAACAGAAUGGAGAAUAAAUAUUGAUAUGGUCCUGGAUUGGUUUGAAAAGGAAGACUUUGAUUUUGUAACUCUUUACUAUGGAGAACCUGAUGGCAUCGGGCACAAAGUGGGACCAGAAACACCUCAGAGGCAGGAUAUAAUCCGACAGAUUGACAGAACCAUUGGUUAUUUAAUAUCUAGUAUUGAAAGGCACAAUCUGAAAGACAUACUAAAUGUUAUAAUAACUUCGGACCAUGGAAUGACAACAGUAAAGAAAAACCCUGAAAUUGAUGAAAUCAAGCUGUCAAAUUUUGUCAGUUUUAAAAAUAUUCGAUUUGAAUUAUUAGACUAUGGAGGAUUGGGGAUGAUUUCUCCAAAAAAUGGAAAAACUGAAGAAGUCUACCAGGCACUGAAGAAUGCCCAUCCUCAUCUAAAAGUAUAUAAAAAGGAACAAUUUCCUGAAAGAUUUCACUAUAGCAAGAAUGACCGUAUUUUGCCCAUCCUUGUUUAUGGAGACAUUGGCUAUAAUGUAAAUGGGAGAAUCAUCAUAUACUUCAACAAAGGAGAUCAUGGAUUUGACAAUGGAGAAAUGGAUAUGAAGAUGAUUUUCAGAGCUUUUGGCCCAGAUUUUAAGAGCUCUUACCUGGCAGAGCCCUUUGACAGUAUUCACAUAUACCCUUUGAUGUGCAAGUUAUUGGGAGUGAAACCUGAACCAAACAAUGGAUCACUGGCAUUCACUAAUGAAAUGCUUGUAGAUAAAUCUGGCAAAAUACCUGCAACCAAUUCUCCAGGUCCUCACAAGUACCAGGGGAGAUCGGAUAGCGCCUCUGCAGUCAUAGGAUUAGGUGUAGUCCUUGGCUUUCUGGCUAUAGUGUUUACAAUUGGUUUGAUAUGGUUGCCAUUCAAAAAAGAAAACGAUCCGAGCACGGAAAUCCCCAGCAAUGUUUUUUCAUCAACAUCGUUUUGAUUCUGAAAAGAUUAUCAUAGGAACCAGUCUAUCAAUUACACUAAAUUUCAAAAAAAAUUGUAAUGCUGUUCAAUUAACUCAAGGUUGAAAUAUUGGCAAAUUUUCCUUCCUUGUGAAACCGUAGGUGGUGAUCCCUGCUUCUACUGAGGAGUAUAGUGUUAUCCAUCCCUAACAAUGGAAAAGUUCUUUUAAUUUUUUUUCUGUACAUUAAAGCAA